AUGGAUCCACCACUAUGCGUUAAUGGUUGUGGCUUCUUCGGGACACCCGCCACUCAAAACCUAUGUUCUAAGUGCUACAAGGAUUUUCUCAAGGAAGAAGAAGAGGCCGCGAAAGCAAAAACAAAGUCCAUGGAGAAAGCUAUGGGUUCAACAGUAGCGUCAACCUCAUCCGUUGAUGAUGUUGUUACCUCCAUGACUCAAUUAUCUUUAUCUUCAGAAAAUACGAAGAAAACUAUCAGUGAUGAUUCUUCCACAAAGAAGAAGGUGGAGCGGUGCGAGACAUGUAAGAAGAAAGUGGGAAUAAUAGGAUUUAAGUGCCGAUGUGGAAGUAUGUUUUGUGCUGAGCAUCGUUUACCUGAAAAACAUGAGUGUAGCUUCGACUAUAAGACCAUGGGACGUGAGAUUUUGAAGAAGCAGAUUCCAUUAAUUAAGCCAGAUAAGUUGGAAGGAAGGGUCUAA